AUGAAACUCGCAGUCACAGUAUUGGCAUCAAUCCUGUUUGCUUGCUCGGUUACUACAGCCAAACCAGUCAAUCCCAGUGCAACUACAAGUGCUGAAGCUAGCACUUCAACCGUCACUCCCAGUGCACAAGUUACACCUUCAGUUGAUCUUAAGUAUCAAGAAGAGAAAGAAAAAAAAAUGCUGAAGAUUAGAGAAGGGAACGAAAAAUUCUUCAGCAUUCAAGAAGAGCGUCUGAAACUCGAUAAAGAUUUUUGUUACGCUGAUUGGUCGCUUCGUUUAGCCAGAAAAAAACUUGCAGAGCUCCUGUUCCAAAAUGAUCCGAAUGCAGCAUCACUGGAUUCUCGAAUCGAAUUUCUGAAAUCAAAUCGCAAUUUUGUUGAAGGUAUCUACCAAUCUCUUAUUCUCCAACUAAACAAACAGCCAAAAUCCGAGCAAGCCUCUACUAGUGGAACCCAGAACCAAUCACAACAUCAUAAAAGUCCAUCAUCACCAAGCGAAGCGUCUACAGUUCAACACACUCAAGCAUCAUCCAGUACACAAAGAGCUUCCAAAUCCCAUUCUCGUUCUCGUUUAUGGAAAACUUCCAAAUCCAAGAAUGAGCGCAAAUCAUUUUUGAGUCCACCCAGUUCUGAAGAUUCAGAUGAAUCACCCGUUUGA